CUCCUUGUUUGGAAGGUGCAGCGCAAAAGUCUCACUUGUCCACUGCCACUCAAAUACAUGAACUUUACAGUCAAACCCCUCAACUUCCUACCAAUUAAUCAUUGGAAAAAAGCCCUUUCAUUUGCAACUUCCCUCCUUCUGCAUUCAGAGAGAAGAAAGCCAGCCAUGGCUUCAACAUCUCCUCUUGUCGUGGAUUUUGAGGAGGCGGGGUCAGAAGCCGAAGGAGUUAGUGGGUUUAUGAGUAAAUUUAUAGAUGUUAACGAGGCCAGGACUCAGUUGCUGUUCUCUGUUCCAAUGAUCCUCACCAACAUGUCGUAUUAUGCUGUUACCCUCGUCGCCGUUAUGUUUGCUGGUCAUCUGGGUGAUGUUGAGCUUGCUGGCGCUACUCUUGGCAAUUCUUGGGGGACCGUCACUGGGUUAAGUCUCAUGACUGGCUUGAGUGGAGCUCUUGAGACUCUUUGUGGUCAAGGAUACGGAGCAAAACUAUACAGAAUGUUGGGGAUAUAUUUACAAUCAUCGAUUAUCCUGACUACUUUCGCUUCAGUUAUCGUAUCUAUACUGUGGUACUUCUCAGAACCGGUAUUAAUUUUGCUGCACCAAGAUCCUAGUGUAGCGAAAAUGGCUACCAUCUAUUUGAGGUUUCUUAUACCUGGACUAUUUGCCUACGCCUACUUACAGUGCCUAGUGAGAUUUCUCCAGACUCAGUCACUGGUGGUUCCUCUAGUUAUUUGCUCUCUACUCCCCCUUGUUUUCGAUGUGGGAUUAACAUAUUUAUUUGUUCAUACCUUGGGCCUCGGUUUCAUUGGAGCAUCAUUGGCUAGCUCAAUAUCACUGUGGAUAUCAGUGUUUAUGUUAGCAAUAUAUGUCAAUUAUUCAGAGAAAUUUAGAUACACUUGGGAAGGAUUAUCCAUGGAGUCAUUCCAACAUGUGCUUCCUAGUUUGAAGCUGGCAACAUCCUCCGCAUUAAUGAUCUGUUUGGAAUAUUGUGCUUUCGAGAUUCUAGUGUUGCUGGCUGGAUUGAUGCCAAACUCUGAGAACAGCACUUCACUUGUUGCUAUGUGUGUCCAGACGGAAGCCAUUGCAUACAUGAUCACAUAUGGAUUUAGUGCAGCAGUGAGCACUCGAGUGUCAAAUGAGAUGGGUGCUGGAAACAUCAAGAAGGCUAAGAACGCUGUAUCUGUCACGCUGAAGCUCUCUUUCUUUCUUGCUCUCACUUUUCUUCUUUCACUAGCAUUUGGCCAGAAGAUUUGGGCCAAAUCUUUCACCACAAACGCCAUGAUCAUUAAAGAUUUUGCUUCGAUGACUCCCUUGCUCUCGGUGUCUAUACUGUUGGACUCAGCACAAGGAGUUCUAUCAGGAGUGUCUAGAGGAUGUGGUUGGCAGCAUUUAGCGGCUUGGACCAAUUUAGCAUGCUUUUACUUAGUUGGCAUGCCAGUGGCUCUCCUCUUUGGAUUUAAGCUCGGGUUUUACGAUAAGGGAUUGUGGCUAGGUCUAAUCUGUGGGCUCUUUUGUCAAGCAACAACUCUCCUCGUGAUCACUAUCCGUUCAAAGUGGACUAAAUUGGAUUUGGUAGCUCAGGAUGAAAAAAAUCGCCUGCUUGUUUAGCUGGAACUAUAUAUUAUCAGAGAGUGGUUUAUUGGAAUUUAUAUCUUAAGGUAUUAUUGGCUUAGAUGAUAAACCGUAGGGAUUUUUGUAUGUAAACAGUUUCUAAGUGGAAGAUUUUUGGGUACAUUUGAUAGAAGAGCAUGCUUCCCUUGUUUCUCAUAUGUUACUUUGAGAAAUAACAAUAACAAGACCAAAUGUUUGAGGAUCUUCUUCUUUGUUGCAUUAGAAUGUUCAUCUGUCAAGUAUUAGUACCAGAUCUUAAUUGUAACAUGAUCACUCAAAAAGCUAUAGAGCUCCUAAGGGAAAAGGAGAAUUUGUAUAAUUUAUAUAUCUAAGUAUUCUGAAUUAGUAUGUUGUAUAUAGAGUACUCUCGUUCCGAUGGGAUACAGAUAUGGAUAUUAUGAAUAUAAGUGAGUAUCUCAACCCGUGUCCAAAUAAUCAGAUUAUGUAUUGAUUGAACAAUUUCAAUCGUUCAUUUUCACCUUAGAGUACGUAGUGGAUGUGAUAUCCAUUUUUGUGAUCCAUAGAUCUAACAAUAGUUUUUUUGAUAUGUCAAAAAUGUCUUUGGGCUCUGAUUUGAGAAAUUUUAUUUACAUUUAAGUAGGGUUUUGUCUAACAUGAUAUAUACAUUUACUAAUCUUAUAUGUUAUCCUCAUCUCUACAUUUUGUCUUUAUAUGUUGUUCUUUUAAUUGAUCAGUAUCCAUAGUCGAUUUUGACAUAUAUGCACUAAGGAAUCUCCUUACCAACCACCCUUGUAUUUGUAUCUUAUCUAGAUCCAGGCCCACUUGUGUGCACACAGCCAGAAGGUACGUAACCUAACUCUCAAACCUCAAUAAUUUUUUUGAAAAUGACAUCAUUAUUUUAUGUUUGUAACUAAUUUAAACAUUACAUAGCAUUUUUGAUAUAACUCAAAGCGCGUUGUAAAACUACGUUUUUACAAUUUAGCGUGUAUUACUUUAGUGUAGCAUAUGUUAGUUGAAUAUAAGAUGCAUUAUGUCAGUACAACUUGUCGCAGAGAUUUGACAAUAUUUUCUUUGUUUGCUUUGCUUAAGAUUUGAAGUUGCUAUGUAUUUACUUUUGGAUUGCUUGCUAAGGUUUGAUUGCUUCUUGCAUUAUGGUGAUUCAUAUAUCUAGUGACAUCAUUAAGCUUGUGACAGGUGAAUUUACUUUUUGUGAGAGUGAAUAUAUAAACGAGAUACAUAAAUUUUUGAUGAUAUAUUGAACAUUGUACUGUGUUGUUUGUAACUUCACAUAGCUUUUAAAUUUUAUUAAGAAAUAGUUUUUAUAGUUUGAAAUCAUGAUCCUGUUUAGUAUAGUCAUUACGGAUAUAAACUCGUGAUCUAUGUUACACGUUACUAUAUAUGCCAUUUUAAGCCUCAAUGUCUCUUGAUUGCCUCCUGCCACACCAAUAAUAAGCUCAUACCUACCUCAACUUCCAAAUUAUUAAUCAUUAAUGAACUUUCAAUUUAAAACUACCUCC